GUGCUCUUAAUGACCACUGUGCGCGAGGAUAAGAAGCUCUGCGCGCCAACGGCCAGGCUCAUUCAUUGGUGGCCAAAUGAAGAACCGCAAAACAUCGAGCGAUGGGUUCAUCUACUGCUACGGCAACCUAUACAGCCUUCUCUUCUACUGGGGACUGGUGACCUUCCGGGUGCACACCCAGAGUGAUGGCGGAGCAGCUUCGUCGCCCAUGAGCGUGUUAUAUGCUGUCUGCGUGCGACUAUUCGCAGUCUGCGGCUACCUGGGCAGCGUGCUGUUUAAGCUGAAGGAUGAGCGCAUGGCCGCCGCCAUGAUGGGCCAUCUCACACCCGUGGUCAAGAUGAUCAUCAUGUGGGAGUGCCUUAGCUGCACGAUUACCUACGUGGAAUACUGCAUCUCGCUGGACACCAAGCGGCGCCGCCACGUCAGGCUGCUGGCCAACAUGCAGGGCUUCGACCUGGACAUUUCCAUGGAGUUUCCCUCCGUGCGCUGGCACUACCAGCGCCAACGCUUCAAAUACUGGUACGGGACUGUGAUUGUGACCAUCUGCUUCUUCUCCUUCUCACUCUCGCUGAUCUUCGACAUCGCUCGUUGCACCUGCGGCAUACCGUCCACCCUGCUAAUGGCCGGCAGCUACACCCUGCUGACUAGCUCCCUUGGCCUGGUGGGAUUUGUUCACAUUGGCAUUAUGGAUUUCGUGCGGCUGCGCCUGCGCCUCAUCCAGAAGUUGCUCCAACACGAGUACGCGGAGAGCGAUCCUCUUGGUCCACAAGAGACGGUGCAUCGUAAGGUUGCCAAGCUGUUUGAGUUCUCCAAGCGCUGCUCCCACUUGCUGUCGGAGUUGAAUGGAGUCUUUGGGUUCGCGGCUGCCGCCGGGUUCUUCUACGAGUCUACUCUGAUGACCUGCUUCGUGUACGUGGUCUGCCAGAAGGUUCUGGCAUCCGAGGCCUGGGACAUGGAGUACACAUUCAUGCUGCUCCAUGUCACGCUGCACACCUACAAGCUAAUCAUCACCAGCACCUAUGGCUACUUGCUGCAGCGGGAGAAGCGCAACUGCCUCCGCCUGCUCGGCCUCUACGCGCAGCACUUCCCGCAGCAGCUACUGGUGCGCAGGCAGGUGGAGGACUUCCAGCAUUGGCGCAUGCACAACAGGCAGGCGGCCCUCAUCGGGAGAAGCAUGCCGCUCAAUGUGUCCACCAUUUUCAUGGUGUACAACGGCAUGGCCAACUAUGUGAUUAUCCUGGUGCAACUGCUGUUCCAGCAGCAGCAGAUCAAGGAACGGCAGAGGGCCAUGGGGAGCGAUGUGGACAUUGUGGGGCCAAUGGGUCCCACUACUCAUAUGGAUUAG